GAUUCAACAAUGGUCUUGAGAACAGCAGGAAGUGUGUUGGUGGUCUUUCUCUGGUCUGUAACAGUGGUACUGGGUCAGGAUGGCUGGAGUGUUACAUACACCACUCAGAGUAUCUGUACCUUGAAGGGGUCAUCAGUGGAUCUGUUCUGCUCUUACACAUAUCCCAGUGGUUAUACGGUCACAACAACCUUCUGGUUCACUAAGAUUGUAAAUCUGAGAGACGACCCAGACAACAAAGGUCGUGUGACGUACCGUAGAGAUAGGAUGAAUGUCCACACCCUGAGAAUCACAGACCUGAGAGAGAGUGACUCAGCUGAGUACAAGUUCAGAUUUAUAACAGGUCAGACUGGAGAGAAAUAUACUGGUGAUCCUGGAGUCACUCUGUCUGUUACAGACCUGCAGGUGAAGGUGACCACUACAUGGUGGUCAACUACACUGACCUGUAGCACCACCUGUACUCUGACUGGUAACCCCACCUACACCUGGUACAGGAACAGUAAGAUUGUACAAGAGUUCUCCCCCUCGUACACAUUCUACUUUAAAACUGAAGACAGCUUCUACUGUGCUGUAAAGGGCAUAAAUUCUCCUGCAGUGUACGGCCCAAAGAACACCUCAGUGUCAGUCAGUCCCUCUGGUGAAAUAGUGGAGGGCAGUUCAGUGACUCUGACCUGCAGCAGUGAUGCCAACCCACCUGUGGACAAAUACACCUGGUACAAGAAGAACGUAACCUCACCAAAAGCAUCAGGACAGAGUUACAGCAUCACUAACAUCAUCUCUGAGGACAGAGGAGAAUAUUACUGUGAGGCCCAGAAUACAAUAGCUUCUAAGAACUCUGUAGCUCAGAUGAUCAUUGUAGCAGGGAAACAAACCUCAGUUCUGACUGCAGCUGUAGGAAUCACAGUGUUUAUUCUGGUUCUCAUCCUCUUUCUCCCUUGCUUCAUGUGGUUCAGGAGAUCCACAGGAGGAAGUGAUGUCACAGCAGACACACAGAGUGUCCAUCCUGACCCUAACAGUGACUCCAACAUGGACAUGUACACAGCUCUGAACAUGAAGACCAGGUCACCAGAGUAUGACACCCUGGCAAAUGUGAGGGACUCCUCUAGUGACACAGUCCCUCAGAUAGAUGCUGAGCCCUCAGAUUAUGAGAACUGUAGAGAACCACCAUAUAACCUGGACUGAAGGGAACUACCACAUAACCUGGACUGAAGAGAUCCACCACAGAACCUGGACUGAAGAGAACCACCACAGAACCUGGACUGAAGAGAACCACCACAGAACCUGGACUGAAGAGAAC